UGAUGAGCAAAUGUAACACUGUAUGGAAUUCUUUUCUUGUGAAUAGAAUCUACUGUCGACAAUAAAUUGAGCGGACUAUACAAGAGGGAAAGGGGAGUCUGUAUGUCUUAUAUGGUGCGAAUUUCCCUCUGAAAUGGGCCUCACUUUUCUACUUACAUAGAAAUGGAUGUGAACGACGACAAGAAAACAAGUAAAUCUGAAAGUGAGGAUGACGAUGACUUCGAGGAUAUUCAACUCGAGGUUGACACACAUCUAGCGAAAUACUCACCAGAUCACACGAGUCCUAAUUCGAAGGAAAACAGUGAAACUCAUAAUAAUGUCAUUAGUGACCAACCUGUUGACGCCUUACCCCCACCGUCAUACGUCAGUGACGUCACAGUUUACAAUAUAGACGCACCUGUGGUUCGACAGGGACCAUUGAAACCAAAGCCAAAAGACUACGUUGUGACGUCAUGUUUUGUCUUGCUAUGUUGCAAUUUUAUUUUUGGUCUAUUAGGGUAUCACUUUGGAGUUCAAGCGAAUCAUGCAUGGCAACUUGGAGACGAAGCGUCUUCCCGGAAGCGCGCCAAGGUAGCGCUGAUUUUCGUCAUAUGUGGUGUUAUUGCAGGACUAGUCACAUAUAUUCUGGCUUUUACUUUGUAUUUUACUCUGAAUAACAACGAACCUGUGAACUACCAUCAUUCUAAUACACAAGCAGGAUAAGUUACUUACCCUAGUCAUUAAUAAAAAAGUAAAUACUCUAGAACAUAUCUUACUUGCUAUAUGGCAUGGGGUAAAUCUAGUUUUUAUAUGGUAAAGUUCUAAACUAUAUUCAAAUGUAGAUUAAAACUUGUCAAAUAAAAGUUUUAUGAAUUCUUUUUCUUUUGAAGGCACAUUUUUGUUUUAUUCGUCAUUUAAAAAAUGUAAUAAUUAAAACGUAAAGAGAGCUUGGAGCGAUAUUUUUACA